CGACUACCUGAACAUCCUCAGCUAAGGGUACAACUCCCUCCCCAUCAAGAGUCGAAAUUACUUGGUCGUGAUCCCGUCUAGCGAUAGUUUUAACAUCAUAUCAUCUGGAAAAUCAUCGUCAUGUAUGCCAGAGGUCCUAAACAACUUUUGAACAGUAACAAGGCCGGUCCCAACACUCGAUGUCAACGUUGCCUCAAACUAGGUCAUCACACAUACGAAUGUACCAAUCCACGUCCAUACCUCGCUAGACCUUCUCGUACUCAACAAUUGAAACAAGGUCAGGAAGUCCGGGAUAAACCUAGUGUCGAAUUACCUGAAGAAUUCAAAGUUGGACCUAAGAGUAGGGAAGGGUUGGCUGAUAAGAUUUUGAAAGCGAAGGAAGAACAAAGGGCUAGGAUGAAAGUCAAAGAGGAGAAACGGAAAUCUCCUUCUCCAUCAUCUUCCUCUUCCUCUUCCAGCGACAGCGAUAGUAACAGCGAUAGUGAUAGUGACAGUCGUCCUUCCAAUGACGAUCGAAACAAAAGCAAACGACCCAGAAGAAGAUACACGAGCGAUAGCGAUAGCGAUGUCAACCAUGGUGGAAGACGAAACAUGCGUUCCAGUCGAACCAACUCGACUUCGAGUCGAUCUCGUGGACCUUCUCCGGUACGUCGACGAAGAGACAGUCGAUCUGUUAGUCCUGUGAGGAGGAGUAGGUCACCUAGGAGAAGUAUCAGUCCUAGAAGACGAAGACGAUCGAUAACGGACAGUGACAGUAGGGGUUGAGUUAGAAGUACUAGUACAUUAUCAUUUGUAUAUCAAUCCUUCCCCAAUCAUUCUAUUCAGUUAUAGGUGACAUGUCGUAGAUUCCAAUGAAAUUUCAGUGAUAUGCAAGAUUGUGCACGAUUC